AUGGAAUAUGGGCCAAUGCAUCCACCUGUAUCUCAAAAGAUACAUUGGCAACCUGACCUCCCAGUCAGGCAUUUUAAUUACACUCCAAGAAUGCAACAUAUUCAUGGGGAUGGUGCCUUGGUGAACAGGAAAUCUUCAUCUGUUGUAACACCCUUGCCACCAGCUUUUGUAGGAGCCCCAUUGGAGAGACCUUCUAUACAAACUGAAUUGGCUGUGUCAGGUAUUCUCAGGACAGCAGUUGCUCCAUUUGAGCGAGUGAAGCUCUUGAUGCAAAACCAGAACGAGAUGAUCAAGUCAGGUCGGCUGACCCAACCAUAUAAUGGAAUAUUUGACUGCUUUGCCAGAACAAUCAGAAAUGAAGGUAUCCGUUCCCUUUGGAGAGGCAACAUUGCAACAGCCACGGCACAUGUUUCUGCUAAGGCCAUACAGUUUAAAAUCCAAGAAUACUUUAGAAGUCAUGCAGAUAGCCGGUGGAGUACUUUUCAGAUAGUAUCGGCAGUUGUUCUUUCUUCAGCUGUAAAUCUGUUUCUUGUUUAUCCAUUUCUUUAUGCUGGAACACGCAUGGCAAAUGAUGUCAAAACCACCGGUGACUUGAGCAAACGGCAGUUUAAUGGUAUACUUGAUGUGUACAGAAAAACUCUGAAAGUAGAUGGCAUUGCUGGAUUGUUCCGUGGAUAUACUAUGGCACUUGCUCAGCUUGGUAUGGUGACAGUGCUAUCUGCUCCUUUAAAGCCAUGGCAUCAGUCUUUGUUGAACCAAACGCAGACCAAUUAUUUGGGCAGAGCUAUCAUAAACUGUGGGUAUCAUCUUACUGGCAGCCUGGCUUCUUACCCAUUGGAUACCGCAACUCGAAGGAUGAUGAUGACCAAAUAUAAGAGUUCAAGGAAUGCAUUUGCGCAGAUUUUCAAAACUGAGGGUUUUAAGUCCUUUUACAAGGGUGCAGGGGCAUCAAUCCUUGUAAGUGCUGUUUUCAAUGUUUCCGCGGUGUCACUGUUUCACCUAUAUGAUGUUUACCAUGCUGCAAUGGCGAACCGGGGAGAUGGCAGCCAACCUGGUUUCGCUAUCUCCUUUAGAUGGAAGAGGGACGGGGAUAAGUGA